AUGUCCUUAGAUAGAAAAUCCUGAUCCUUUGAAUUUGAUAAGGAAAUCAAAGACCAGUGUCUUUGAAUUGGAAUUUUAGAAAAUGUUCUUGAGGUUUCCUUCAGAUAACUUCCACUGCUCCCUCUAGACCACUCUGCUGCGAGCCUGACUUGUCUGUGUAGCUUCCUGUUAGCAUCACCCAAAUGUGUCUCUUUCUCAGGACAUUGUAGCAUCAUCCGUUUGAAAGUCCUACUAGGCUCUUCCUCCCCUUACCAGUCUCUGGCUUCCACUCCCAUCAUGUCUCCCCCAGCCCCCAAUAGGCCCACAGCUUACCUCUCACUUCAUUUAGGCCGUUGCCCAAAGGAGAGUCCUUUCCUGACCCGUAACUAAACUAGCAGCCACCUCAGCACUCAGUCUCCCCUCCCCUGUUCUGUUUUUCUUCGCACACUGUGUCACUACUGAUAUUACAUUGAUUGACCCCAGUCCUCACUCCCUCUUAACUAGUGCACGCUAGAAUGGAAGCUUUAUGAAACUGUGUAGGUUUUUUUCAUUGCUAAAUCCCCAGUUGCUGGAAUAGUGACUGGCCCAUGGUGGAAACUGUGAAUUUUAUUAAAGGAGUGAAUAGCUCCUGUAUCCAUCCCUUUGCCCAUCUCUCAUUGCAGCUUUCAUUCAGGACCCUGUUACCUCUUACCUGGACUACUACUCAGCUUUCCUACCUGACUUUGACCUCUAGUAUCACUGCCUUCAUUUUUUUUUUUCCCAUUGUGUUACACUACCAGUAAUCUUUUUGACACCAAACUGGUCGUUUCAGUCCUGUAAAAUUCUUCAGUGGUCCUCUUUUUUUCGUAUAGAAUAAAAUAUAAACUCAUUUACAUAGCAUGUGAACUAUUUAUUUAUAAUAAGACUUCCACCUAGCUGUCCAAUGCCAUCCCUACCCAACUGCUCCUCACACUUUAUAUUGGACGGCCUGAAGUUUCUAAAUAUGCUGUGGUUUCUUGCUUCCAUGCCUUUCCAUAUGCUGCAACAUUUUUCAGGAUUAACAAUACUCUCGACCCCUUAUGCUCCAGCUUGUUGAUCUAGCAAACUGAGAGUUGGCUCAAACUCUCUUUGGGUCUUCUUUGUGAAGCAUCCCGUGUUUCUCAGUCCUAGGGCGGUUUUGCACAGUGAUUAUGAAUUUUGGAGUCAGAAAGGCCUUGUGUUCAAAUCUCAUUCUAUCAUUGUGAUGUCUAAGACAAUGCCUGUGACGUGCCUGGAACAUCCUAGGUGCCCAGUAAUUGUUAGCUCCUAUUCUUAGGGGUCCUUCCUAUGGUCCCAUUGCAUUUUGUACAUAUCUCCAAGGAUAGCAAUUGCUUUUAGUUCACUAGGCCAUAAGCUCCUAGGGUAGUUACUCCAGCACGCAAAGAAUCAUCUGGAGACAGUGUUAAAACAGAUUCCUAGGCCCACCUCUAAGGAUUCUAAUGUGGGUCUAGGGUGGGACCCAUGAAUUUACAUUUCUACCAGGCUUUCAGGUGAUUAUGAUGCUUCUGGUUCAAAGACCACACUUUGAGUAGCAGUGUCCUAAUGGAUAUGAACCAAGCCUUUUCCCCUUGGUUACUGUCAUAGUAGGUGCUCAAAAAAGUGUCUGUUGAAUGGAUUGUGAGGGAAAGGAUAAAAGGGGGUUGGCAAAAAUCUGUAAAUCAACAGAUGGAAUAGCUUAGAAUAUUGAUUUCUGUGAUUAAUUGACUUUAUACAAAAUAUUUGAAUGAAAGAUUGGUUUUGGUAGAGCGUGAACUUUUAAAGAAUAAAUGUAUGUAAAUAAGGCUAGUAGCUUUUGUUAGUGACCCAUACUUUUCUUUUGAAGAGUCUAAGACUAAGACCCUGUGCAGAAAAUGCUACGCUUCCUCUUUUUUUUUAAGCUAUCCUUUGACCAACUGUAGAUUUAGAAGUAGGCAAGGGGCAGGUAAGGAGAAAAUAGGAAGUUUUCAGGAGGAUGGAAGAGAGGCAGGCAAUUGAAGAUGGUCCAUUCUAGUGAAAGAGGAAUACAUAGUUCUUGAAUGCAUAGUUCAAUACACAUUUAUUUACACUCUCUUUUGACCCUACAAUGUAAGAAGUGAUGAGAUGCUACAAACUGGAUGGUGAUAAAUAAAACAAGUUAUGUAGAACAAGGUGACUGGUUGCGUCCAGGCCUCUCAUCUCUAUGUUCAUGUCAUCCCUCUAAGCACGUUUUAGGCUUCAGUCACAAUUACAUUGCACUGUAUAAUUUGCAAAAUACUUUUACCUAUAUAAAAUCAGGCUGCCUUCAACUGCAAGUAAGAAUAUCCAAAACAAGAAGGAAGUGUCUGGGCUCACAUACCCAGAGGCUGGAAGGAUGUUAAGUUUCAGGGUUACUGAGUCCAGUUACUCAGACCCUGUUUUCCUGCAUUCUUCUGGCUCUGCCAACUUCCCAUCCUCCAUGUGUUUGCUUUAUCCUCAGCCUGAUACCAAGUUUUGGAUCUCAUAUCCACACACAGCAACAUCCAGAAGAAGAUGGGGUCUCAGAAGUCUUCAGCCAACCUUGUCUUGGGUCUCCUGGGGCCGAGUUAAGUCACAAGCCAAGCCUACACCAGUCUUUGGCAGAGAAGCUUUGAUUGCUGACCGAAGGAAGAAGCUGACCUGGGCCAUAACCAUCACCAUGAUAGGUGUGGUUCUCUUUGAUUUUGCUGCUGACUUCAUUGAUGGGCCCAUCAAAGCCUACUUAUUUGAUGUCUGCUCCCAUCAGGACAAGGAGAGGGGCCUCCACCACCACGCUCUCUUCACAGGUCUCGGAGGUGCCCUGGGCUACAUUUUGGGCGCCAUUGACUGGGCGCAUCUGAAACUGGGAAGAAUGCUGGGCACAGAAUUCCAGGUCAUGUUCUUCUUCUCCGCCUUGAUGCUUACUUUGUGUGUUGUUAUUCAUCUGUGCAGUAUUCCUGAAGCCCCACUUAGAGAUGUUGCAAAGGAUAUACCCCCCCAGCAAGACUCCCAAGACCCUCUCUUGUCAUCAGACAGAAUGUAUGAGUAUGGGUCUAUCGAGAAAGUUAAAAACGGUUAUAUAAACCCAGAGAUGGUGCUGCAGGGAGAGAAAACAACAAAUACCCAACAGACUCGGAGGACAAUGACCAUGAAGUCACUGCUGAGGGCACUGGUGAGUAUGCCUCCCCACUACCGCUACCUUUGCAUCAGCCACCUCCUUGGAUGGACCGCCUUCCUGUCCAACAUGCUCUUCUUCACAGAUUUCAUGGGCCAGAUUGUGUACCAUGGGGAUCCCUAUAGUGCACACAACUCCACAGAGUUUCUCAUCUACCAAAGAGGGGUCGAGGUUGGAUGUUGGGGUUUGUGCAUCAACUCCGUGUUUUCCUCACUUUAUUCUUACUUUCAGAAAGUUUUGGUAUCCUAUGUUGGAUUAAAGGGUCUUUACUUCAUGGGGUAUUUGCUGUUUGGCCUGGGGACAGGAUUCAUCGGGCUCUUCCCCAACAUCUACUCCACCCUGGUCCUGUGCACCUCGUUCGGCGUGAUGUCCAGCACCCUGUACACCGUGCCCUUUAACCUCAUUGCCGAGUACCACCGCGAGGAGCAGGAGAAGCAGAGGCGGCAGGCCCAGGGAGGGGACGUGGACAGCAGUGGGCGAGGACAGGGCCUGGACUGUGCUGCCCUCACCUGCAUGGUGCAGCUGGCUCAGAUCCUGGUCGGAGGUGGCCUGGGCUUCCUGGUGAACAUAGCAGGGAGUGUUGUCGUCGUGGUGAUCACGGCCUCCGUGGUGGCGCUGAUCGGCUGUUGCUUUGUGGUUCUCUUUGUUAGAUAUGUGGCGUAGGUCAAUAAAGAGACAUUGUCUCCAAUCUCAGUGGA